AUGGCGUCGUGGGGUUUCCCGGAGAUGGCUCAGAUGUUUCAUCUACUAAAUCGGCAGGCUCCGAGUGCGGGGCCCGCCGGGCACAAUGAAUAUCCUAAGUUGGAAUUGCAGGGGGUUGGGCCAUCCCUUUGCGAUUCCUACUCUGUUUCGGAUGACAAUGGUAAUUGGAGGUUGACGGGUUUUUAUGGUUUUCCUGAUCGGAGUUGUAGACGUGAUUCUUGGAAUCUUCUCCGGCGCCUUGCUGGGGUGAAUAGUCUGCCGUGGGUCGUGAUAGGGGAUUUCAAUGACUUGCUCGACCCCGGAGAUAAACGAGGACAUGCGCCUCACCCCAAUUGGCUCUUUACUGGUUUUCGUGAAGGUAUGAUUGAUAGUGGUAUUAUGGAUAUUGCUCUUGCAGGGUAUCAAUUUACUUGGUCGCGAGGUCUUGGUUCUCAGAAUUUUGUGGAGGAGCGUUUGGAUCGAGCGAUGGCGAAUGAUAGUUGGAAAGCUCUCUUCCCUCAAGUAGUGCUCUCCCCGGUUACGGCACCUAUCUCUGAUCAUGUUCAUUUACUCCUGAAGUGUGUUGCGCCGACUGCCAAUCUUAUUAGGCGUCGUUUCCGCUUCGAGAACAAAUGGCGUAUUAAGAGGCGGCUUGAGGCUACUAUUACGGAGUUAUGUGGUAAGGUGGAUCCAGCUUCGAUUGAUAAACUUCGGAAAACAAAGAAAGAUUUGGCGAGUAUUCUUGCUAGAGAGGAGGAACAUUGGAAGCAACGCGCUAAACAGUUUUGGUUGAAGGAUGGGGAUCAAAACACAAAAUUUUUCCACUCUAUGGCCUCCGCUCGUCGUAAGGUCAAUCCUAUAUCUAGGCUGCAGAGGAAUGACGGUAGUUGGGCGACUACCCUUGAGGACUUGCGAAUCACAGCUAAGGAAUAUGAUGUACUGAGCCGGAUUCGGCCUUGUAUUGAUGAGAGUAAAAAUAAAGAUCUUACUCGGCCUUUCGUGGUCAAGGAGUUUACUGAUGCUUUGAGUCAGAUGCACCCGGAUAAAUCCCCGGGCCCCGACGGUUUUAACCCCAAGUUCUAUCAGCGUUUUUGGGGUGUUCUCGGGAAAGAUAUCUUUCAGAGCUGUUGUGAUUGGUUGAAUGCAGGUGCUUUCCCUCCUCAGCUUAACAGAACUAUUAUUUCCCUUAUCCCUAAGGUGCUUUGCAACAGAUUGAAGAGUUCUUUGCCGUUUCUCAUCGACCGAGCUCAAUCUACUUUUGUGGAAGGUCGCCUUAUUCAUGAUAAUAUCCUGAUUGCCUUCGAGACAAUUCAUACUAUGAAGAAGAAGGUUCGUGGGAGGUAUGGCACGGUGGCCUUAAAGAUAGACAUUAGCAAGGCGUAUGAUCGGGUGUGCUGGGAUUAUCUGGAGGCGGUGCUCGAGAAGUUGGGUUUCUGUAGCAAGUGGCGUGGUUGGAUGUCUAUGUGUAUCAGGACAAGAGUGGUCCAGAUCCAGUCCAGAUCCGCCGGGUCCAAAUUUUGCAAGGUCCAAAUCCGAAAAAUAGGGUCUGGAUCCGCGGAUCUGGACCGGGUCUCGGAUCCAUUGCCAUCUCUAGUCUCUUAUGAUGUGCUUGUGAAUGGGUCGUUGGUUGGUCCUAUUAUGCCGGGACGUGGUCUACGUCAAGGGGACCCCCUCUCCCCGUACUUGUUCAUUCUUUGUGCUGAGGGUUUAUCGGCCAUUAUAAAUUAUGAGAUGGCUAGGGGGAAUUUGCAUGGGAUUCAAAUCAACCGUGGGGGCCCGACGAUUUCGCAUUUGAUGUUUGCAGAUGACUGCGUCUUUUUUUGUCGAGCAUCGGUGUUGGAGUGCACUAACUUGAAGAGACUUCUCGGCGAUUAUGAGAGAGCUUCAGGGCAGGGUAUUAAUUACCAUAAGUCUGGUAUUAUGUUUAGUUCAAAUGUUCUGCCAGAUGAUCGCGACUCGCUCUCCCAGUUACUUGGAGUGUGGUCUCCGCUUAAUACUGGCCGGUAUCUCGGACUUCAUUCUCUUAUUGGUCGUAAUAAGAAGGAAAUCUUUCAGUACUUGCGGGAGAGAUUGUGGAAUAAAGUCCAGGGGUGGAGUGGUAAGAAGUUAUCGAAGGCGGGGAAGGAGGUUCUUAUAAAGGCAGUGGCGCAGGCUAUUCCCUCUUUUUGCAUGGCAAUUUUUGCCAUUCCUACGGGACUCACGGACGAUAUGGAGAGGAUGUUAAAUAAAUUUUGGUGGAGUAACAAGGCGGGAGGUGGUCGGGGCAUAAACUGGAUGAGCUGGCAUGAGCUUUGUGUGGAUAAACAGAUUGGAGGCAUGGGUUUCCGGAGUUUUCAAAUCUUCAACGCUGUUAUGCUGGGAAAAACGGGGUGGCGGCUGUUGCAUGACCCCGACGCUCUUGUAAGCCGUGUUUUGCGAGCUAAGUACUAUCCCAAUGGCAACUUUCUCACUGCUAAAUUAGGAUAUAAUCCUAGUUUCACGUGGAGAAGCAUUCAUUCGGCUCAGGACCUUGUAAAGAGAGGUGUUCGUUGGAGGAUUGGUUCGCGUACUGGGGUGAGGGUUUUCAAAGACCCGUGGCUGCGUCGGGAUCAUAAUUUUCGGGUUUCGGUCCCACCUCCACAGGGGUUGGAGGAUAUGCGUGUGGCUGAUCUUAUCAACGAGGUUACUGGUUCCUGGAUCAUCGAGGAUAUUAAACAGCUGCUGCCGGAGAAAGAUGUUGCGGCUAUUGUUAGCAUUCUGAUUUUCCCGGAGUCAGGGGUGGACGUGCCUAUCGGGCACUAUUCUGCGAGUGGCUGCUAUACGGUCAAAUCCGCUUAUAGUUUGGCGAGCUCCCUAACCUUGGAUCCCAGCUAUGGUGAGGAGGGGCCAUGGGCUAAGAUCUGGAAGCUAUCUGUUCCCCCGAAGGUGAGAUCUCUUAUGUGGAGAGCUGCUAAAGCAAACCUUCCUUCGAAGGCGGAACUCAUGUCGCGGGGAUUGCAAGUGGGCGGCGAGUGUGGUGUUUAUAAAGUGGGGUUUGAAAACCUUUGGCAUGUGUUUUUUGCUUGCCCGUUUGCGGAGCGUUGCUGCGAGGAUGGAGGUUUUUCGAUUUUGUUGGCCUCUAUGAGGGUGAAUUGUGAUUCUUUUAAAAACGCUAUCUUCCACAUUAUGAAGUUAACUGAUGGGGUGCAGGUUGCUAAGGUUUGUAUGAUUAUGUGGCAUAUUUGGAAGGAUAGGAAUAAGGCGGUAUGGGAGGGUACUAUUCCGGUUCCUAGUCGCACUGUGGCAUUGGCGAUCAGCUGUCAGGAUGAAUGGUUGGAGGCGCGUGCUACCUCUUCGUCAUUGGGCUCGCUGGCGCUGCUCCUUCGACCAAUCUUUCCUGUGCUGGUUGGCACACUGUUCCGGUGGGAUGGGUGA